AUAAAUUAUUCCUGCUGAAUUCAAAAUGACAAACAUGUUUGUAUGGUCCCUAGCUUGUGUUUGGACAGCAGUCAUGUAAUAUUUGUGCUCUUGUCUCAGAAUAAACUGACACAUGAGGCAUUCCAGGAUACCGUUAUGUCCAUAGAAGACAAUGGAAAGAUGUCCUGGGGAGAGAAGGUGGAGCCUCCAGAGGACAUGGAUGAGACCAGCUAUGACAUCGACCCUCGCAUGAUGAUCUGGAAGAGCAUGAAGGGCAGUGGACAGGACAAACAGCACCUGAAGGCUGAAGAGGACCUGGACGAGCUGUACCACCCUUCAAUGCCCGAUCUCCUCAAAGUUCAGAUCCAGAAUGUGGGUGCCCCCCCUGCUGCCGACGGCCAGAGGGAGCCUUUGCAGGAAGAUACCAGCGUGAAGUACUAUCAGAAACCAGAGGAGGAUAGAGAUGACAUCGACCACCCUGUUUUCAGUAAGAUGGCGUCAGAAGAACCCAAGCAGGACCAGGAUGAAAUCUACAGCAAAGCCAUGAAGGAGCUGAAUGAACACCAGCUGGGACUUGAGGCCAGGGGUGAAGGUAAGGUCAGACUUCACCUUCAACCAGAAGAGGACAGGGACCACCUCUACCACAAAGAUGUCCCACUGCGCACCCCUUACCAAGGUGAUACUGAAGCUGCUGCUGCUGUCGAAGCGCCGUUUCAGAGGGUGUACAGCGAACCAGAGGAAGAUCUGGAUCAUCUGUACCACCAGUGA